AUGGACAGUAGCACCGCGGCCACCGCCACCGCCGCGCCCUUAGCGUCCCAUGAGCGCAUCCGCAAUGCGGCCGACAUCUCCGUCAUUGUCAUCUACUUCCUGGUGGUGAUGGCCGUCGGGCUGUGGGCUAUGUUUUCCACUAAUCGUGGGACUGUUGGAGGUUUCUUCUUGGCAGGCCGAAGUAUGGUGUGGUGGCCGAUUGGUGCCUCCCUCUUCGCCAGUAACAUUGGAAGUGGCCACUUUGUGGGACUGGCUGGGACAGGAGCAGCUUCAGGCAUUGCCAUGGGAGGCUUUGAAUGGAACGCCCUGGUUUUGGUGGUUGUACUGGGCUGGGUGUUUGUCCCCAUUUACAUUAAGGCUGGGGUGGUGACAAUGCCAGAGUACCUGCAGAAGCGGUUCGGAGGCAAGCGGAUCCAGAUCUACCUUUCCCUUUUGUCCCUGUUGCUCUACAUUUUUACCAAGAUUUCGGCAGAUAUCUUCUCUGGGGCCAUAUUCAUCAAUCUGGCUGUGGGCCUGAAUCUAUACCUGGCCAUUGUUCUUUUAUUGGCUAUCACUGCCCUUUAUACAAUCACAGGGGGCCUGGCAGCUGUGAUUUACACGGACACCUUGCAGACAGUGAUCAUGUUGGUGGGAUCUAUUAUCCUGACUGGGUUUGCUUUUCACAAAGUGGGAGGGUAUGAGGCCUUCAUGGAGAAGUAUAUGAAAGCCAUUCCAACCUUGAUUUCUGAUGGAAACCUCACUGUUGAGGAAAAAUGCUACACUCCGAGGGCCGACUCCUUCCACAUUUUCCGAGAUCCCAUCACGGGAGACAUCCCAUGGCCUGGGCUCAUCUUUGGGCUGACCAUCCUUGCCCUGUGGUACUGGUGCACAGAUCAGGUCAUUGUGCAGCGCUGCCUCUCGGCCAAAAACAUGUCACACGUGAAGGCUGGCUGCAUCCUGUGUGGGUACCUGAAGCUGCUGCCCAUGUUCCUCAUGGUGAUGACGGGGAUGGUCAGCCGCAUUCUGUACACAGAAAAAAUUGCCUGUGUCCUCCCCUCGGAAUGUGAGAAAUAUUGCGGCACCAAGGUCGGCUGUACCAACAUUGCCUACCCAACCUUAGUGGUGGAGCUCAUGCCUAACGGACUGCGGGGCCUGAUGCUGUCGGUCAUGAUGGCCUCUCUCAUGAGCUCCUUGACCUCCAUCUUCAACAGUGCCAGCACCCUCUUUACCAUGGACAUCUACACCAAGAUCCGGAAAAGGGCAUCUGAGAAAGAGCUCAUGAUUGUAGGAAGGUUGUUCAUCCUGGUGCUGAUUGGCAUCAGUAUCGCCUGGGUGCCUGUUGUGCAGUCAGCACAAAGUGGUCAGCUCUUUGAUUACAUCCAGUCCAUCACCAGUUACUUGGGACCACCCAUUGCAGCUGUCUUCCUGCUUGCUAUUUUCUGCAAAAGAGUCAAUGAGCAAGGAGCUUUUUGGGGACUGAUCCUAGGAUUUCUGAUUGGAAUUUCCCGUAUGAUUACUGAAUUUGCUUAUGGAACUGGCAGCUGUGUGGAGCCUAGUAAAUGUCCCACGAUUAUUUGUGGAGUGCAUUACUUGUACUUUGCCAUCAUCCUCUUUGUCAUUUCUGUCAUCACCAUUGUGGUUGUCUCCCUCUUCACCAAGCCCAUUCCAGAUGUGCAUCUCUACCGUCUGUGUUGGAGCCUGCGUAACAGCAAAGGGGAGCGUAUUGACCUGGAUGCAGAACAGGAGUAUAUCCAAGAAGCGCCAAAGGAAACCAUUGAAAUAGACAUAGAGAUUCCCGAGGAGGAAAAAGGGUGCUUCAGGAGGGCCUGUGACCUAUUUUGUGGGCUGGACCAGCAGAAGGGACCCAAGAUGACUAAGGAAGAGGAGGCAGCCAUGAAGCUGAAGCUGACGGACACCUCUGAGAAGCCUCUGUGGAGGACAGUAGUAAACAUUAAUGGCAUCAUCCUGCUGGCUGUGGCUGUCUUCUGCCAUGCAUAUUUUGCCUGAGUCCUGCCUCCUGCUGCAGACUCGCUG